AUGGCACCUCAGCCAAAGUUAGAGGAUGGCUCUGAAGAGAAGAAAGAAGCAUUUGAUGAUGACAUUAAGAAACCUAUCUCCAUGGCCCCUGCUCUCUCUACAGCAGCAUUAAUAGAGGAUGAUCCCUGGGACAUGCCUGAACUGCAGGACAAUGGGGUUAAAUGGGCAGAUCUUGACACAAAAAGGAAGGUCCUGAGAGUUGUAACCAUAGUAGCAAGGCUGAUUGGGCUUGUUGGUAUGCUAUACUUGUUUGUUUGCUCACUGGACAUCCUCAGCUCAGCUUUCCAGCUUGUUGGAGGCAAAGCAGCAGGGGACAUCUUCCAGGAUAAUUCAGUGCUGUCAAACCCUUUGGCAGGACUGGUGAUCGGGAUGCUGGUAACACUGCUAGUUCAGAGCUCCAGCACCUCCUCAUCCAUUGUGGUCAGCAUGGUAUCUUCUGGAUUGCUUCAGGUCUCGACUGCUGUUCCUAUUAUAAUGGGGACCAACAUUGGCACAUCAGUCACAAAUACUCUUGUAGCCAUGACACAAGUUGGGGACAGGAACAAGUUCCGCAGGGCAUUUGCGGGAGCCACCGUGCAUGAUUUCUUCAACUGGCUAUCUGUACUGGUGCUAUUGCCUGUGGAAAUUGCCUCUGGUUACCUGGUAAAGCUCACCGAACUCAUAGUGAAAUCUUUUAAUAUAAAGAGUGGAGAAAAUGCACCAGCACUCCUGAAUGUCAUUACAGACCCACUUACUGAAUCUAUCAUAGAGCUGGAUGAGUCUGUGAUAAGCGGCAUUGCCACCGGAGAUCCUGAAGCCAAAAAUAAAUCUCUCAUCAAGGUGUGGUGCCAGACAGCCAAAAACACGACUCUCCAGAAUGUGACAGCAGAAAACUGCACUGGCUAUUUGUGUUGGGACUGGGAAAAUGUUACAGAAAUCACAAACAUCAAGAAAUGCAAUCACAUCUUUGUAAACACAAGCCUGUCUGACCUGGCAGUGGGUCUGAUUCUGCUGGCUUGCUCUUUGCUGGUCUUGUGCACUUGCCUCAUUAUGAUUGUGAAGCUUCUCAACUCGAUGCUCCAGGGCCAAGUUGCUGUAGUCAUCAAGAAGAUAAUCAACACUGAUUUUCCAUUCCCAUUUGCAUGGCUGACUGGAUACAUUGCAAUCAUUGUGGGAGCAGGAAUGACUUUCAUUGUCCAGAGCAGUUCUGUCUUCACUUCUGCUAUAACUCCUCUUGUAGGUAUUGGUGUCAUAGGAAUUGAAAGGGUAUAUCCUCUUUCCCUGGGAGCCAAUAUUGGCACAACUACUACGGCAAUAUUAGCAGCCAUGGCCAGUCCUGGGGAAACACUGGCAAAUUCAUUACAGGUAGCCCUGGUUCAUCUCUUCUUCAACAUCUCUGGGAUCCUGCUGUGGUACCCAAUCCCCUUCACACGAGUCCCUAUUCGCUUGGCAAAGGCUCUUGGUGAAAUAACAGCCCAGUACCGGUGGUUUGCUGGGUUUUAUAUCAUCACCUGCUUCUUUGUUUUCCCUCUAGUGGUCUUUGGCCUCUCUAUGGCUGGUUGGCAGGUCCUUGUGGGGGUACUUGUUCCCAUAGUGGCUGUUCUGAUAUUUGCUAUCGUGAUUAACAUUCUACAGAACCACAAACCACAGUGGCUUCCUUCUUGUCUCCGGACUUGGGACUUCCUCCCCCUAUGGGCCCACUCUCUUGAACCCUGGGAUAGAGUUGUUAUCGUGAUGAACGCUCGCUGCUGCUGUUGCUGCAAGUGCUGCAAGUGCUGCAAUGUUACGGAAGAAGAUGAGGAAAUGGGAAAACAUGAACUGAAGGAUCAUGAAAUAGAGAUGUAUGACAAUCCGACAAUGACUGCUGAGAUCAACGUGGACAAGAAAACAUCAGACAACCCUGAAAUAAUCAGGGGAACCUCUUUAUAA